GUUGCAACAAAGGUCGAGAUAACAAACAUUCACAAUCCGCAAUUGACGAAGGCGCAGUCUUGGCAGAGGUCUAACGACAUUACAAUUACGUGGCUUCGCAGCAGCACUCCAGAGCAUCUUCCAACGAGCAAUUCUAAAUCGCGCAUUCUCCAGUCAAGAUGAUUUCCGACGAUGAGCUCUAUCGUCUCGCAAUCUUCCUCGGCUCUGCUGCCAUGCUCCUCAUUAUUCUAUACCACUUCCUCGAGGUUAAUGCUGUGGAGGAGCCCGCGGACACCAAAAGCAAGCCUACUACUUCAACACAAUCAGAGGCGAAGGCUAUCUUAGCAGGGAGGUGACGGAAACUUGGGUGGGAUGAAGAAGAAUUUGAGGACGGAUGAGUUGAGACCAGGACGUCACUAGAUACAAACUCGUUUUUGCAGGCAUUUGUGGCAUUUUUAGGUCCACUGGUGGAAAAUGUGAUUAUAACAGGCAUGGUGAAUGUACUAUAAAGCUUCUAGAGUGCUUGGGGUACAGGCAGUUAAGAGUAACUAGGGGAUGGCUUGAGGUCAGAUCGCAGAGCUGGUAAAAUAUUGGUGAUUCAAUAUUGUGCUUGGCCCACCACCACAACACUUCAAACUGAAC